AUGGACCACUUCUUCUCUUACUUCGAAGGGGACAGCCCAGUCCUCCAGUUCAUCGGCAAAUGGAGCUACCUCAUCUAUACCCGACAAGAGCUUAUCCAGAUGUACAUCCAUCUGAUCCUGGCGGCCGUUUUCCCUAUCUACAUUGGCUCUCACGCUUCGCUACGUCGUCCACCUUCUGCUGCUGUACCGAAGAAGAAGGCACCGGGCGAGGACGGAGAUGAUGAGGAGGAAGUCCAGAUUGAGGGCAUGACGCCUAGUGAUGCUGUUCUGUUCCCGAUCUUGGCGGGUGUCACGUUGGGUGGCCUGUAUCUGGUGAUAAAGUGGCUGGAUGAUCCCAAGCUGUUGAACAAGAUUUUGAAUGUUUACUUUUCUGGUCUCGGUAUCUUUGGGGUCGGUAAACUAGCAGCAGAUUGUUUGAAUGUAGCGACGACAUUCAUCUUCCCCAAUGUAUGGUCAUCUGCUACGGAGACAUACUUCAUCGAACCUCUGCUGUCCCAACAGGUAACUGGAUGUGUAAACAAAGCUCGGGUACAAAUUCACCGAAAAUUUGUGGAGGACAAGACGAACCCCUUCCCAGGAUUCUUGUCUAGCAUCCAAUUCUCACCAGCUAUCAACAAAAAGUUGUGGUCGCUUCGCGCGAUGUUGAAGAAUCAUUGGGUUUUCAAAGCUUUUGUUCAUGGUAUCUUCAGUGCGAAGGGCAACAUCAAGCUCAAUGACGUUCUUGGUUUUGUUAUCGGAGUCGCUACAAUUGCUCUCUACAAUAUGAAUGGCAAAGCAUGGUGGCUCACCAAUAUCAUGGGUUUCGGAUUCUGCUACGGUACACUACAGCUAAUGUCACCAACCACCUUCUGGACCGGCACCCUCGUCCUGGCUGGUCUCUUCAUUUACGACAUCGUAAUGGUCUUCUACACACCACUCAUGAUCACGGUCGCCACAUCCCUGGAAGUGCCGAUCAAGCUUGUCUUCCCGGGCCCCAAACGCGGCAGUAUGCUCGGUCUAGGCGAUAUUGUCCUCCCUGGCAUUAUGAUGGCUCUCGCACUCCGCUUCGACCUCUAUCUCCACUACCUGCGCAAGCAGCGCACUACUUCCAAGCCUACCAUCCCGCCUCGUGCUAUUGAGCCAGACACGAUCAUCCGUGCUCCGUACGUUGAAGCUACGGGUCAAUGGGGCGAGCGAUUCUGGACUCGGCUAGCAAAGAAGGGAGAUGCUGACACCGUUGCGGAUGGUGCCCGAUUCUCGAAAGUCUACUUUAAAGCGAGUCUGGUGGGGUAUGUCCUCGCGAUGCUGGUUACACUUGUGGUCAUGAAUAUCUUCAAUCACGCUCAGCCUGCACUCUUGUAUCUUGUCCCCGGUGUGUUGACUGCUCUUUGGGGCACUGCGCUUGUGAGAGGUGAGGUGGGCCUCAUGUGGGAGUACUCCGAAGAUGGAGAGUGGGGGCUCGAACCUUUGAAAAAGAAAGACGGGGAGGAAGCCGAGAAGGGAAAAGGCGAAGGUAGUGCUGAGAUCAAGGAGAAAGCUGGUAGUGAUGAUGUGGCUAUUGCUGGUUCUGAUCAUCCCAGGGAUGUGGCGGAGAUCGAGAAGAUCAGUGAGGAGCACAAGCAUCAUGUCUUCCUUUUCUCGCUUGAAGCGCCGAGAGACGGGUUACCGGCGAAGACGCCCAAGAUUUAA